GAUGGAAAGCAGGACAAGGAGAGACUGGCCUACUUCCGGAGCCUUCCAGAAGCACUGACGUCCCUCCUGGUGCUGCUGACCACUGCCAACAACCCCGACGUGAUGACGCCUGCGUAUUCCAAGAACCGGGCCUAUGCCAUCUUCUUCAUCGUCUUCACGCUCAUAGGGAGCCUGUUUCUCAUGAACCUGCUGACCGCCAUCAUCUACAAUCAGUUCCGGGGCUACCUGAUGAAGUCGCUGCAGACGUCGCUGCUCCGCCGCAGGCUGGGGACCCUGGCUGCCUUCCAAGUCCUGUCCUCCGUGGCGGGGGGCACCGGAGCCGCCCCCGCGGCAAUUGGGGUGCAGCCCCAGGAUGUGCUGCAGGUGCUUCAGAAAGCCCGGCUGGGCGGCUCCCACAAGCAGGUCCUCAUGGAGAAGGUGCGCUCCCACGACGGGGACCUGCUGCUGGCCCACGACUUCCAGAAGCUCUUUGAUGAGGUUGACAAAAGUGUGAUCAAAGAGCACCCGCCCAGGCCGCAGUACCGCACGCCGCUCCUGCGCACGGCCCAGGUCCUCUUCAGCCACCGCUACUUCGACUACGUGGGGAACCUCGUGGCCCUGGGAAACCUUGUGUCCAUCGGUGUGUUCCUGGUGCUGGACGAGGAUCUGCAGCCCGGGGCGCGCAAUGACUUCAUCCUGGGGGUGCUCAACUAUGUCUUCCUCCUGUACUACGUGCUGGAGCUGCUGCUCAAGGUCUUCGCCCUGGGCCCCUACGGCUACCUCUCCUACCCCAGCAACGUGUUCGACGGCGUCCUCACCCUCCUCUUGCUGGUUCUGGAGCUCUCCGCCCUGGCCGCGUCCCCGCUCCCCCAGGCCGGCCGGACGCCGGGGGCGCUGGGCCUGCUGUCGCUGUGGGACGUGACACGGCUGGUGAACAUGCUCAUCGUGCUGCGCUUCCUCCGCGUCAUCCCCAGGAUGAAGCCUGUGGCAGUGGUGGCCAGCACCAUCCUCGGCCUGGUGCAGAACUUGCGGGCGUUUGGUGGGGUCCUGGUGGUGGUAUACUACGUAUUCGCCAUCAUCGGGAUCAGCCUGUUUCGGGGUGCCGUGGUGGCUCCUGGGAACAGCAGCCUGGCCCCUGCCAACGUCUCGGCGCCCUGUGGAAGCUUCGAGCAGCUGGAGUACUGGGCCAACAACUUCGACGACUUUGCUGCAGCGCUGAUCACGCUGUGGAACGUGAUGGUCGUGAACAACUGGCAGGUGUUCCUGGACGCCUAUCGCCGCUACGCGGGCCCGUGGUCGAAGGUCUACUUCGUUCUGUGGUGGCUGGUGUCCUCCGUCAUCUGGGUCAACCUGUUCCUGGCCCUGCUUCUCGAGAACUUCCUUCACAAGUGGGACCCUCGCAGUCACCAGCGGCCCCUGGCCGGGACGCAGGAGGCCCCGCACCAGAGGCCCGUGGAGGAGCUCCUGUUCAGGGACGUGCUGGAGGAGCCCCGGGAGGAGGAGCUGCUGGAGCGGCUGCGGCAGCAUCCGCACCUGCGUCUGCGCAGGUGACAGCCGGGGCGCCGGGAGGAGAUGCCCGCCCAGGACGCACGCCAGCCGUGGAGGAAGAGGGGGGCCGGG